GAGAAGCAGCGACGAAUGUAGAUGACAAACGAUUAUUCUCAAGCAGUCAUAGAAGAGGUUCCUUACAACAGGCGCAUGCGAGCAUAUUUGAGUUAGCAGCAUUUAAGGUUAGAGAAAGUUACUUAUUAAAAUUCGGGAUAAACUCAAGUCCAUUUAUUUCAAAGGAGUAUACUAUAAGGUUGUAAUAGCAGGACCGAAGAAGCGUGUACGGAAAGCGAGCAAGUAAGGAGACGAAGCGUCUGGACAGUGUAAAGUCAAGGGAGGAUAGGUAGGCAACAUAGCUACCAGCCGGUAAGCCUGAUCUAGUUCUGAACGGUUUUGUUACAAGACUAAGACUGGAUAUUGGCGGGAGAAGAGCCAACGGGAAUUAAUGAUCACAGUGCAAAAUAUUUUAAGUAACCUUUGAGCGUCAACGUUGGAAGUUACCUAAUGGCGCAUUUGGGGAGCAAAGAGCACAGAUGAGACGCAUCAAAUUGGUUCAAAAUUCAGCUCCAGCUCUGAAAGCUGAGUUCACGUUCAAACAACAUUGGAUUAAGAAUCGUAUAUCGCAAAGUCUUACAUAUUGAUUUCGGAUUUAUAUUGAUUAUAUUUGGGCUGUGGGUCAGAGGCGAGGAUUCUGAAAACGUGUCCAGCACGCCGAGCGGCUUCCAAAUAUCUGCUGUUGCUUUCCACACCGACCACAGCAUCGCAACACCAGCAAACACCGACGAAACCAACAGCUGUUGUCCCAACUUGGAAAAGACAUGCAGAAGAUGCACAGGAAGGUUAACCUGCUGUGGGUAGUCUUCUUGACGAUGACUCAGGUGUCAAUCAAGAGCUUCCCCACCAACAGUCACAAAAGUGCAGUCCCCAAUGACAGGAGCACUGCGACCACGGAGGCUAGCCCGGGUGGCGAUGUGGGUGAGACUCUGGAGGACCUCCAGCAGCAGAACCAGCUCCAGAGCCUGGCAUCAUCCAACCCAUCCUCUCAGAGACCCCGACACCGUGGCUGGUCCCAGGGGGUUCUGCCCAAACCAGAACCAGAGGAGGACCCAGAACCCUUCAUCCUGGACCUCAGGAACUUCCCUGAGCUGGCCAACGCAGACCUGGGAUCUCACAACCCUAAUAUACAGGUGACCAUCGAGGUGGUGGAGGACCCACAGACAGAGAUGGAGAUGGACCUGGCCAAGGAGGGGGGGGAAGGGGGCCGCAACGACUGGUCCCUUUCAUCGGAGGAGUGGCUGGGCCACAAGAAGCUGUUCUGGCCUCUGUUCUGGGAGUACCCAGACCAGGCUGAGAGCGGGCCUGGCAGCAGGGCCAGCCUAGAGGAACAGGAGCAGCCCACAGAGGACUAUAACUACAACCCUGAGGAGCAGGAACCUGUGCUUAGUGGGACCGGGGGGACUGGGGUGGGGACAGGCGUGGGGGUGGGGGGCGGCUGGGGCAGCCGCUGGAGCAGCAACAAGGGAUGGGACUCCAAGGAGAACUACGAGUACGAGGAGGAGGAGUGGAGCGCCUGGUCACCAUGCAGUGUCACCUGUGGCCACGGCAACCAGAAACGUAUCCGUUCAUGUGGUUACGCGUGCACGGCGACCGAGUCCCGGACCUGUGACCUGGACAGAUGCCCAGAUGACCUGUUAGCAGUGACUGAGCUGAUACCUCUGGAGACAACAAAUGGCACUGACUCCCUUGACACAAACGUGGACAGCUGUGAGAAGUGGCUGAGCUGUAAGAACGACUUUCUCCAGAAGUACCUCCACCAGGUGCUGACCGAACUACCCAGCUGCCCCUGCUCCUACCCGUCCGAGGCCGUCUACAGCGCUGUCAACAUCUUCGACAAGACUCUGCGUAAGACUUACCGCUGGCGUGACGCCUCCGGCCCCAAAGAACGGCUGGACAUCUACAAGCCCUCCGCCCGCUUCUGCACACGCUCCAUGCUCUCCUUCGACAGCACCACGCUGGCCGCGCAGCACUGUUGCUACAGCGACCACAUGAAGCUGAUCACACGGGGGAAAGGGGCGGGCGCGCCAAACCUCAUCAGUACGGAGUUCUCACCGGAGCUGCAUUACAAAGUGGACGUGCUGCCCUGGAUCCUGUGUAAAGGGGACUGGAGCCGCUUCCACUCUGUGAGGCCGCCCAACAACGGGCUGCAGUGUGCCCACAACCCCACAGAGGACGUGUACCAGGCUGAGCUAGAGGAGGCCCGUGAGUACUGAGGGAGGAGAGGGGGAGGAGUACUGAGAUCCUGAGUGGGGAGAAACACACGUGGUUCCAAUGGCUCUAUUGGAUUUGGGCAUGGGCCACAUACUGAAUAUAUUGUGUUAACUAUCAGUUGCUUUGGAUGAAAGGAGACCUGGACAUCUCCUCCACCUUAUUCAAUGUUUGGUCACAUUGUGGCACAGAGUUUAGUGAACACCUACAUUUUUCUAGUCAGGCUUGACCCAUCCAAAAUUGAGUCAAGUUGAAUACUCUUUUUGUUCUAUUUUUUAAAAUUUAUUUUUAAGUUGAAUACUCUUAUCUGGUGUGCGUAGGAAAACUCUAUGAUCGUCACGUCUUAUGACAUCAUCACCAUCAAGCGUUUCCUCAUUGGAUGACUCAUCAGAAUCCACCUGCCAAUUGGAAUAUGCUUUCCCGUGGAUGACUUACUGUGGUGUUACGGGAAGAGAAAAAACAACUAUUUUCUAACUGGUAAUUUAUUGCUUGUGAAAGUCCGAAUUUUGGAGAGCGUUUUUUUUUGUUGGGCUACACUCAAAAAACAAGAAGAAAAAAACACUGGUUUGUAAACGUUGGGAAAUUUUAAAGAGGGAGAGACUGCAAUGAGAUUGUCCUAGUUCUCUCUGACAUCCCUCAACCCACCACCCCAUAGACUCACAUGUGCUGCUGCUAUUGAGAAAAUGGAUGGGGGGAUGGGUACAGGGGGAUGGGAUGGCUCAGGGGUUGCCAUGAGCUGUUCCAGAACCCCUGAGGGAACAUGGAGGAACAUGGAUAGUGUAUUUAUUGGACUCAUAUUGGGCCUGUAUUGUAUUUACUCAAAUACUCUGAUGUCUCAUGAAAGGAAUUCCUGUCAAGCUGCUAAAAUGGGGAUGAAUUCAACACAGAAUGUUAGUUGUUGUUUGUCUUAGACUUGAAGCUCUCUCUCACAAUCUCUGUCUUCUUUCUAUCCACCUUUCUCUCCCUUCUCUCUCUCUCUCAAUCUCUCUCUAUUUCUCUCCCCAACGCUCUCUCUCUCUCCUGGCCCCACUCCAGUCGGAAGAAAAAAAAUUGACUGAUCAAGCACAGGCCCAAGAUGCAUUGUGCUUUUCUUACUUUCUUAUUUCAUGUCAAGCCACAUAUUUCUUUGGAGAUGUUGACCCCUAGAACUCUAUUGUGUUAUUCAUCCAGUCAUAUCCAGUAUCAGAGGACCAGAUACUCAUCCUCCUGAGCCAUUUGGCCGUAAUGCUCCGUCAGAUAAAGUUGCAUUGGGUCAUGGUUAGAUAAUCCUGGGGAAACAUAAAAAUACAUUGUUGAAGGUCUCUCUGUCGCUCUCUUUCUCUCUCUCAUCGACAGACAUACCGCUUGUUUUCCUCCUAAGGAAUGCUCCAUCGUUUAAUCUGAUCCAUAAUUGAAUCGUAUUGAGAUGUAUUCCUUUUAUCGCCUGUUAACAAGUCACGGUGUUGCAUUCCUCGCAACCCGAGACACCCGGAGAGACAGUCGUAGAUUUGCCGGUGGAGAGGGAGAGAGGAAAACCCUUGGUAGGGGGCCUUGAAAGGAAAGAGACACUUGGACUCUCUCGGGGUGAGGGGGAAGAUGGAGUGAGGCUGGAGGUAGAUGUGAAGGUGCAGGAGAGGGCUGAAGGGAGGGGUGUCUGGGCUCAGUUGAUGCAUGGAGGUCCUUUCUCCAGAGAGGAGUGGGAGUUGAGCAGAGGGGAAGUGGAGAGACAUCUCUGUAAACAGUGGAACCCUUUGAAGAGCUCUCCCCUUCACUGGUGUCCAAGACCUGCUGCCUCUCCCACUCCACCCUGUCUUGAUGCCUGGUGUUGUUUUAAGGUCUUAAUCCUAACCCUGGUUAUCAGACUGAGUGCCAUUGAGAGAUGUUGAGGCUGAACACGUCCAGAAAGAAUAGUGUUGAUGGACAGCUCUCCAGCUCCACACUGCAAUGACAACAGCAGAAACAACACACAACCUCGGUUACUCUCUCUUAUUUUUUUAAACAUUUUAGUAAUUUAGCAGAUGCUCUUAUCCAGAGCAACUUACAGUAGUGAGUGCAUCCAAUCGUUAUACUUUUUCAUACUGGUCCCCCGUAGGAAAUGAAUCCACAACCCUGGCAUUGCAAGAGCCAUGCUCUACCAACUGAGCCACACAGGCCUUAUCCUCUGCUUCCCUUUUUUUAUACUCUAAUUGCAGCCAGGUCACCCGUGAUACAAGUCCAUGUUCGAUGUCCAUCCACAUCUGACGAUGUCGGGAAAUGAUGUGUAAACCGGCCACUAGGAGCAAUAGUGAGCACUGUUACCAAAGUAGGUUUUUGGUUUUGCUAUGGUGUUGUGGACAGGGAUUGGGUGUUGCAAGUUUGCAAGUUCAGAACCAGCAAUGGAAAGUCUUUUUGUUUUGAAGGGUAUCCCAAACCCUCAAACUUACCUUAACCAUUCAGGGUUACUGCCUAACCUAAGAAUUUGGAGUUAAUGCCUAAGCUUAACCUUAAACACUUUGAAAUUUGACAUUUGGAACAACUUCUAAAUUUGACGUUUAAGAAACAUGGAUGAAAGUCUAAUUCUGACGUGAGACUGUGGGAGCCGGUAGCUUGCUUGCUCCUUUUCUCCUUCCCUCCUCUCUCUCUCCCUCGCCCUCAUCCAUGCCCAUUAAUAGCUGGCUCAAAUUGGCAUAGGGGAAUUCUCUGUAGGUUGUCAUCAGGCCGUCACUAAAGACAAACACAGACACACACACACACAGAGUCAGGCAGCCCUCCAGUAUUCCCUCAACAUCCUGCACUCUGCCAUAUCGAAGCCAGUUAAGCGAAUAGUUUAGAAACUUCACAGAGAUCCCAAUUCAUCAAGAUGCCAAUCACAAUAAGAACACAGAGGGCUGUAGUAGUUGGGCUCAGACACACUGAUGAACAUAAUAUGAGAAGAGCGUUACAGCCUCUGGUAUGAACAACGUUUUUUUCCAUCAAAUUCUCUCAGAUGAAACAGCAGUAUGACAUGCGUUCUCCUUCAUCUGUUGAGACACGGUGCUGGUAACAUUUGUCCACAUUCUCUGAUCAAAGCCUUGCCAUUUUCACCCUUUUUUUCCCCUUAGCCCCCCCUUCGGAGGACACAAAUAUAUUUUUUUAAUAUAUAUAUAUAUAUUUUUACAGCAUUUCUGCUGUACAUACAUUGCACAAAUACAUAUAUACAUUGCACAUAUAGAUUUGACAUACAUAGUAUUUUUAUAUAUAGCAAUCACAUGACAAUAAUACAUUACCGAACAUGAGCUCUUUAAUCCCACCCCUCAGCCACUCUCAGCCACUCUCAGCCCAUCCCACCUAUCAGCGCAGACCACCCUCGUUUGGUUUCCAUGUGCCAUAUAUUUUUCAAUUGUGCUGUGAUGUUUUACAUGGAUUUUGAAGAUUUUAAUCACAUAGUAUCCAAAGCCUUGUCAUUGAAUGUGAUGUGUUCCUAUGGACUCAAACUGCCUUGACCAUCACAUUGUUGCUUCAUAUCACCACCAAACACACAGUCAAGUGAACACAGACAAAGUAAUGCAGUGAUUCAUAUGAGGAGUGUAUGUUGGGAUAUGACCAGUUAACCAUCCACAGUCCCUGGAAGGUAUCCAUUACUUCAUGCCAGACACAGUCAGAAUGGACUCAAUUAAAGAGGAAAUGUGUCCCAAAUGGCAGCCUAAUGCCUAUAUAGUGCACUGUAU